CGACCUUUCUGGUCCGAAAUAGCAUCAUGUCGCAAGACACGGGUUUGUUCAGCAUCAAGCGGCCUCGCGAGACGUUGGGAAGUGUGCAGAACUUCUCCGCCUUGCCUCAGCCAUCAUCGGCGCUGAAACGCACGAGCAUGAUUGGUGGUCUCCAGAAUCCUCCAUAUACUUCCCAGCAUUCCCGAUCAACAUCACUUUUUAAUUCGCACGGCCGACCCCAACAACCAAAUUUCCAGCGUUCAUCCUCGGGCGCCAGCUUUGGGCCUGAGGCUGGUCUUUCCACCGUCAGAAGAUCUGUUUCCAACAACCUCUUUCAGAAUACUGCCGUUGGACGACUAAGUUAUGCGCCCAAUUCAUUUCCUGCAAAUAGUGCUUCGCAGCAAAACCUGCAACGAAGGAGCAGCGUCUUCUCUCGCCCAUCUGUAGCCGGAGGGCCCAUGUCACAUCAAUCCUUCUUUACACAAGGGCCUGUUCCCGCGGGGGCUCCGAAAGACCCGCGGCCACUCAGGGAUCGAUCGUUUCAAGCAAGGAUCGGUCAAGAACUAUUAGAGUACCUAACACACAACAAUUUCGAAUUGGAAAUGAAGCACUCUUUAGGUCAGAACUCGCUGAAAUCUCCAACCCAAAAAGAUUUCACCUACAUCUUCCAAUGGCUCUACCGCCGAAUUGAUCCGAGUUACAAGUUUCAAAAAAGUAUUGAGGCUGAGGUGCCUCCCAUAUUGAAACAACUACGUUAUCCAUACGAAAAAAACAUAACAAAAUCCCAAAUCGCUGCAGUCGGUGGUCAAAAUUGGUCGACCUUCUUAGGAAUGCUUCAUUGGAUGAUGCAACUUGCGCAGAUGUUGGAUCACUAUUCCGUCGGCGAGUAUGAUGAUGCAUGUGCCGCGGCUGGGGUUGAUAUUACGGGAGACCGAAUCAUUUUUCGGUUUCUUACUGGGGCCUACCAUGAUUGGCUGCAGGGGGGUGAAGAUGAAGACGACGAGGUUGCUGAGAAAAGACUGAUUCCCCAUGUUGAAGCGAUGGCUGCCGAAUUUGAACAAUCGAAUGAGAAAUAUGUCCGAGAAUUGGAAGUAUUAGAGGCGGAAAAUCGAGCGCUUCGAGAUCAAUUGGAAGAUUUGGAGAAAAACGCCCCGGAUAUGGCGAAAUUGGAUAAGGAUUUCCGAAUUCUGGAAGACGACAAACGCAAGUUUGAGGAUUACAACUCGAAUGUUCAAGGUAAGAUCGACAAAUACAAAAAUCGCAUCCAGUUUCUCGAAGAAGAGCUCAAGAAAAGCGAAGACGAGCUUCAAACGGCGGAAGAAGAGCGAACAAGUUUACAGGCUAGUGUUGAUAGCCAGGGAAUCACGAUUCAGGAUAUUGAUCGCAUGAAUACUGAGCGCGAGCGCUUACAGCGAAGCCUCGAGGACACUGCGGGCCGGCUCGAAGAAGCGCACGCACGUGUUAUGGAGAAAGAGAUCGAAGCCAACCAAAAACUUGAAGAUCUUGAGCAAGUAGUGAAAACAUACAAUACGCUAGGAUACCAGAACAGUCUGAUCCCAGAAUCCGCCGUUAAUGCUAAUGGUGAGGAUUACGAAAUUAGACUGAAUGUGAACGAAGCAAGCUUCUCUUCGUCGCAGAUGGGUGGUUUACAGAAUCAGAGCUCUCCCGAAGGCUAUCGUCUUCUUGCAGAUGCAAAUAAUGGCUACCAGCCAGUUCAUUUAGUGAAGCUUGAUCUUCGAGGAGUCGUUCGAGCCAAUUUGAUCGCUCUUCGAAAAGAAAUCAAUGAACGAAGGAAGAUGACAGCAGAGAAGGACAUGGCGGACCGUGACUUGCUCAACGACAUAAAGGAGGCCAUGGACGAGAAGCGCAGUGAAAUUGAGGCACUUGAACAUCGAAGACGUGCUGCCGAGGAGGAAUUUGAACGCACAAAGGAAAUUACAACCACGCAAAAGGUCCAGUCAGAUGCCCAAAUUGAAAAGAUGGAAAAGGAGCUAGCAAAGAUGCGAGCAUCACUUACUGAAAGCGUUCAACUGAUGGAGCAGCGGGAAAUGAACACCGAUGUGGAAUAUGAGCAGCUUACACUUCGCGCAAACCAGCUUCGUGAAGAACUUCAUACUGGCGUCGAGAGUAUGUUGAAUGAUAUCAUUCGGUUCAAAGUCCACGUGCAGAAAGGCCUGGAAGAUUAUGAGAGUUUUGUUGUGGAAGAGGUCGAACAAGAGCUAGGCGGCGAGCUACAGUCCGUGGAAGACACGGAAAUGGCCGAAGCUGGCGAAGUUUAAGCAUUAAAACGUGUCUCUCCAUCGUCCCUUUUAUUCGACACACAAUUAUCUCGAUAGGAUUGGCGCAUAUCGGUUAUACUUUAUGGAGUUCUUGUUGGCUUGUGCUUUCAUAUACCCUCUACAAACGCUGUGAAUGAACGAUUAAAUGUGGAAAUGUCCUCAUGUACAUAUUUUUGUGCCUUAUUUGAUUGUUGGUCAAGUCGAUUUCCAUUGCAACUGUCAUUUAGUAUAUAUAUGUCUAGACAAAGUAGAUG